GUUUACAUGUGGAUAAACUGAGGAUUUUUUCAUUUUGGGUGAAGUUGGUGAAUUCAAUGUGACGCGCAGUGAUGAACGGCAGCUCGAACCCGCCGCUGGAUAAAGAAGAGCAUGUGUUGAAGCUCGGGGACAGUUUUGAGAAGAGACCAAAAUCAUCCUUUCACACCAUCAGAUAUGAUUUUAAACCAGCGUCUAUCGAUACGUCCUGUGAAGGAGAUUUACAAGUGGGAAAAGGAGAUGAGGUUACCAUCACUUUACCACACAUACCAGGCUCCACUCCACCAAUGACGGUGUUUAAGGGCAACAAAAGGCCUUAUCAGAAAGACUGCGUUCUCAUCAUCAAUCACGACACUGGGGAGUUUAUGUUGGAGAAGCUGAGCAGCAGCAUACAGGUCAAGAAAACACGAGCUGAAGGCAGCAGUAAAAUCCAGGCUCGUAUCGAGCAGCAGUCAGUGAGAGCGAACCAGCUGACGACCCCACAGUUCCGCACGCCAAACAAACCAGGACUGGGCGCCAAAACCUCCCCUACCAAAGAUAACCCUUCACCAGAGCCUCAGCUGGACGACAUCAAACGAGAGCUGCGGGCCGAGGUGGACAUGAUCGAGCAGAUGAGCAGCAGUGGCAGCAGCAGCUCUUCAGAAUCUGCCAGUUGUUCAGGCAGCGGGAAUGACGACAGUUCCUGCAGCGAUGGAGAACAGGAAACACAUCUCUCGCCCAGCAGGAACAACAUGGCCAACGGAAUGAACAAAUCACAAGGCAACAACCAGCUGAUGAACACACUCCGAAAUGAUCUCCAGCUGAGUGAAUCUGGCAGUGACAGCGACAUCGACUGAUCUCCAGUGAUGUUCAGCUCUUGAAAACAUAGAUGGUGUUCCCAGCGUUAUGUGUUUCAUAGCUAAUACCAGUCCUUCUGCAGUGCUUUUUAUCCUGAGCUUUUAACGUGGAGAUAUCAUAGGAGGUUUUGAAGAAUGUAAUUUUAUUAGAUUUUAUUUUUAUUGCAAAGGGAGUUUUUGGAACUGAUAUAUACGGUUGUGUGAUGCGAGAUUAUUGUACCUGUGCUUGUUCAGUAUUUUUAUGAAGCUUGUAUAUGCACCUUUCCUCCAUGUUACGUGUGACACACACCGACUUGUUGCAUGAUCAUUAUUCUGACUGUUUUUGGCAUAGUCUGUAAAGUUGAGCCAAGGUGUUAUCUAUAGAUUGAUCACAGCACAUGAUUUAGGCUUAAUUUGUUUAUUGUUUGUAUGACAGAAGGGUCAAAACUCUUAAGGUAUAACAUUAUCUGUCUUAAACAGUAUUUUAAAAUCUGUCUGCACUGCUGGUUUAACCAAAAUUUGUUUUAAUGCAGCUGACCCCAGUAUAAUUGUUGUAUAUAGCAUCUGUACUGUAACAAUAAAGUAAAAAAACAAG